AUGGCCGGAAACAAUUCUGCGGUCAUCCUCGCAGUGUCUUGGACAGAAACAUGCAUUGGUAUAUUCCUUUUCAGUCUUCGGUUCUUGAGUAACUGGAAAUUCGUGGGGCGGUUUAGAUGGGACUUUGCUGUCGCUGGUUUGACAGUGGCAACAGAGACCACUGCCCAAGUGUUCCUGCAGUUUUCAAUUGAUGCUGGCAUGGGCCAUCACUUGGAUGACCUGUCGGACUUGCAAAUAGUUACAGCGCUGCACUGGUCAUGGGUAUUCCAGUUACUCGCAAUAGCUGCCAGUAUGCUGGGAAAGCUUGCGAUUCUCGCCUUCCUUAUCCAGAUUCGUGGUCGUCACGAGAAGAAGCCUUGGUUCUUGAUUAUCCUGGGUACUCUUAUUGGGGUAAUUAACAUUGCCGUACUCGGGACUAUUCUGGGCCAAUGCAAGCCAAUGCACAAAUUGUGGGAUGAUAGCGUGGAAGGAACAUGCGAUCCAGGGCGCAAAAUGAAUCAGAACUAUUCGUUCUUCCAGGCUAGCUUCAACGCAUUCAGCGACGCCUUGCUGGCAUCGUAUCCUAUUCAUCUCUUUUGGAAGCUCCAAAUGAAGCUGCGAAUCAAGGUCGCAUUGUCUGUCCUCAUGGGAUUGGGCUGGAUAGCGGCAGUGUGUUCCGCUGUCAAGACAUAUGAGCUUAAGGCGUUGACCGAAACAACCGAUAUCACCUACGCUCAAUCCUCCCUCCUCAUCUGGGCCUCGACAGAAGCUUGGAUCGUCAUCAUCGUUGGCUGCGUACCACCCAUCCGACCCCUGAUGGAAAAGGUGAUGCAGCGACUGGGUUUCACCUCAAAGAAAACGUCGACUCCCUACGAGUACCGCAACUCGAGCGGGCGCGCAGCAUAUGGCACGAACAAGUCUAACUUGGCGAGUCAUUCACAUUUUCAGUCCAAUGUAUAUGGGGGUAGAAAAUCAUUCGACGAUGACUCCGGCUGGAUGGAGCUCACCACAUCUGGUGGCAAAAGUGGGAGUAAGGAGCAUAUUAUCAAUGGACAGAAGGAUGUUAUAGUCCGAACUGAUAUUGAGACUCGUUUCGAGGAUGUGGAGGGUCAGGGUCCGUCGUCAGGGGGCAGUAAUAUCUCUGCCGAGGAUCUAAUCCGGGAACGGAGGGAUAUUCAAAAAGGGUGA